AUAAUCCUAUAUCCUUAAGAAAUGGCAUAUCGAAGUGAACCUCUCAUUCCCAAGUCGAACAAACCAUGGCAACUCUGUAAAGCACAAAAGCUCAUCAUCACCUAUUUUCCAUAUGCUACAACCCUAAAUUUAGAGUUCCGGAUCCAGCUCGUCAAGACCCAGAGACCAAAUGAUUUUAAUCUGCUAUCUGAAUUUAUUCUUAAUGCCCUAUUAACUUUAAGGCUGCUAAUAAUUGCUCUUUUUAAUGUUACUUCAAAGACUGAAUAGUUAAAUAAUUAAUAGUGAGUGCCAAACCUUGAUGCAGCCUAUUCUCGAAGUCUUAGGCUGCAUACAGAUAUAAAUGAAUUCUAUAAAAGUAUGUUAAAUACAAAUAUGGGCUUGAUCAGCAGGAGGAUAGUGCUUGUUUUCUCAAUUGUGUGAUAAACAUUUUUCGCAAAGAGGAAUUUCACAGAUAAUAUUGGUUUGAUCAAAUCUAUUUUCAUUGAGAAUUUGUUUUGAUUCUUUUCUAUCAAUUCUCCAAUACU